AAAUCUGGCCCGACCGGAUCCGCAACCCCGGAAAACGGAUUACACGCGCCACCGCCGUUCGCGGUCCUGAAAUCCAAACUCCAUUGGUAUGGUCCGUGCAUCCAUCGAAUCGGGUCGCUAAUUCAACGUCAAGAAGAAAAUGAAAGAAGGAGAGAGCCAAACCUAAAAUCUGUCCGUCUCUCUCUCUAGUCUCUCCUCACUCGGUCACUUCACUUCCAUUCCCCGCCAUCAUUCUCAGACCAACUUAGACGGAAAAUUCCAGUUUUCCCUCUUCCAACCCUCGUCGUCGGCAAGAUCUGCCUUUUUCGCUUCGUCUUCCGAACAAUGAGGAGACAUCAUCUUCACAACAGGUCGCUCAAGCAGGGAGCCGGAGCACUGAGAGGAUCGGUGGCGAAGUUAUCGAUUGCUGUUCUAGUGCUCUUGAUCUGCACGCUUUCCUUUCUGUUUUCCACUACACUUACUGGAAACAAGGGAUUUACCGGCCCCGCAGAGAUCAAUGUAGAACAGCUAUGGGAAAGUGCUGAUUCCGGUGGAUGGAGGCCAUCAUCAGCUCCCAGAUCUCACUGGCCUCCUCCUCCGAAAGAGAGUAAUGGCUAUCUGCGUGUUCGUUGUAAUGGUGGUCUGAAUCAGCAGCGGAGUGCGAUCUGCAAUGCUGUUCUUGCGGCUAGAAUAAUGAAUGCUACACUUGUGCUCCCUGAGUUGGACGCAAACUCAUUCUGGCAUGAUGACAGGUAUCUUUUUUCCUGCUUUUUUCAUGCUGUAUGUAGUGGAUUCCAUGGCAUUUAUGACGUGGAGCAUUUUAUUCAUUCAUUGAGGUAUGAUGUGCGAAUUGUUGAAAGCAUUCCAGAAAUUCGUAAAAAUGGUAAAACAAAGAAGAUCAAGGCUGUUCAGAUGCGGCCCGGUAGAGAUGCAGGUGUAGAUUGGUACACAACAGAGGCCCUCGCGACAAUGAAGCAACAUGGAGCCAUAUAUCUAACUCCCUUUUCACACCGAUUGGCUGAGGAAAUUGAUAACCCGGAGUACCAACGACUCAGAUGCAGAGUUAAUUAUCAUGCUUUAAGAUUUAAACCGCAUAUAAUGAAGCUAAGUGAAUCAAUAGUUGAGAAGCUACGUACAGAAGGCCACUUCAUGGCUAUACACCUUCGCUUCGAGAUGGAUAUGCUUGCGUUUGCAGGGUGUGUCGACAUAUUUACUCCUAAAGAACGAGCAAUAUUGCAGAAGUAUCGGAAGGAAAAUUUUGCUGAGAAGGAGCUGGACCCCGAAGUGAGAAGACUUAUGGGAAAAUGCCCACUAACUCCAGAAGAGGUUGGACUUAUUCUACGAGCUAUGGGUUUUGAUAAUUCAACUAGAAUAUUUUUAGCAGCUGGUGAACUUUUUGGUGGGGAACGAUUUAUGAAGCCUUUCAGGGCUCUCUUUCCUCGUCUAGAAAAUCACAGUUCCGUCGAUUCCUCGGAGGAGCUAUCUACAAAGAGCCAGGGAUUGUUGGGUUCUGCUGUGGAUUACAUGGUUUGUCUUCUGGCCGACAUCUUCAUGCCAACAUAUGAUGGACCGAGUAACUUUGCCAACAAUCUCUUGGGCCAUCGCCUUUAUUAUGGCUUCAGAACAACAAUAAGACCUGACAGGAAAGCACUUGCCCCAGUAUUCAUUGCUCGGGCGAAAGGGAAGAAAGCUGGUUUUGAAGAAGCUGUUAGGCGUGCAAUGCUGAAUACCAACUUUGGUGGACCUCAUGAGCGGGUCAGACCCGAGUCAUUUUAUACCAACUCUUGGCCGGAGUGUUUCUGCCAAACAGAAGCGAAGAAUCCAGCUCAUAAGUGCCCCCCUGACAAUGUCCUGCAAGUUCUUCAUAACCAGUUGGAAAGCCAGAUGACAAGCGACUUGGAGCCUCAGCGGGGGAAUCGAACUUCUUCCAUGGAACGAUGAAGAAUCUCGUGCGAGAGUCUCUAGCUAGCUUGUUAACUGCGAUUCUCCUAGACAGAACACUACUCACCAAUUUGGAAGCACAAUUCCAAACCACAUCAUAUUGUAUGUUUGCCUCAGGUAUCCUGUUGCUCUCAGCUUGUAGUUUUCCUACUUUGUACAGGCGUGUCAGCAAUCACUUGGAAGUUGUCAAGUCUGCCCUUCAAAGUUCUUUUCAGGACGACAGUUACAUCGGCACUAGUGAUCAUAAAACUAGUGGAACAGCUGCUCAAAGCUAAAAUAUCCUCUGUAAGGACAUAAAGCACUCUACGGGUCGAUGGUUAGAUGGGACAUAGUAGUUGAGCUAUCGAACGACAGCAUUUUAUGGAUUUGUUUGUUCAGAUGAAAGGAGAGAUCUUCAGAGAUGUAGUUGAUAGUUGAGGGCUGUGACAUUGUUCCUGUAUUUAUACGGGUUUUGUUUACCACUGUUUUCUUCUAUUCAUUGAAUGUCAACCAUUAUUUCUAGAUUGCUGAAGACUCAUUGUCGGAGUCUUUGUGCUAAUGUUUUGGUUCUCGUGCUAAUGUUUUGGUUCUGGCAAGUUAUAACUAUCGACUCGCUUUACAGCAAUUUCAG